AUGCCUCCCCAAGUCCAAGGCCGAGACGCAUACACCCUUGCCGUCCGAGCCGAACUACCGGAGAAAACGCCUCUCGCUGCUUCUGUGCAUACCGGAGACGUACAAGUUCCCAGAACCUUUCCAGCAGGUAGUGGCAGUACUUCAGCGGUUAAUCAAUCUUAUGAGAAUGAGGACGAGAACGAGAUGAUAUCCAAUGAUAUCCGGGACGAAUCUCUUCCCCCAGCCCCAAUCUACAAUAUUAGGCUUCAGAAUGGAUUGAAAGCCGUUAAGGGCCACCUGGCCAGUCUUGCCAGCGCAAUGCGUCUUUCGGAAUUGACACAAGAUCAAUCGACGAGCUUGUACACUCUGUAUAAGCGUACUGAAGAGAUGAGCAGAUUCCAGUAUCCGGUCACACGUACUGUGGGCUUUAUUGGAGACUCUGGAGUUGGCAAGAGUUCGCUGAUCAACUCACUACUUGACCAGAAGAUAGCACGAUCCAGCAGAGAGGGAUCUGCCUGCACCUGUGUGGUGACGGAAUUCCGACACACCGAUCAAGACCAUACCGGUCCAUUUAGCAUCGAAGCAGAGUUCAUGAACAAAGAGGAAAGAGGAAACUUACUUGCGCAUCUCCUGCUAGACUUCCGAAAAUACUAUGUUAGUUCCAUCUACAGGGAGCUUCAGACAAUCGAGGAACAACGAAAAUGCCAAGAUGCAGCUGUUAAAUCAUGGGAAACACUUCACUCGCUUUUCAAGUCUCAGCCAAGACUUACAAUUGAGUUCUUAUCAGAUGAGUCUGAGGAUGCACACUCUGAGAUCCUUGCGCUGCUGGAAGGCUGGGCAUACGCCGGCUUGAUAAACCGACAAGGUGGGUCUGAUGCGCUCGAAUACUCAGUCAUUGCCGGUGACGUUGAAGAAUGUAAAUCUAUUCUCGACCAUCUUGCUGCUGAUCACCCGGAGGGCGGUGGCCCUGCAUUAUGGCCUUUUAUAAAGUUAAUUAGGGUAUAUCUCAGUUCACCUAUUUUAAGGACUGGAUUGGUUUUGACUGAUCUGCCUGGACUCCGAGAUCUCAAUUUUGCAAGAGUGCGAGCAACUGAGAGAUACCUUGCUCAUCAAUGUGAUGAGGUUUUUAUUGUGGCAAAUAUCUCUCGAGUUGGGACUGACGAAUCAGUUGGUGACAUCAUGAGAAGAUGUAGACAGAGUCAGCCUCGAAGAAUUAUUUGCACAAACUCAGAGGAUGUUUCACCAGAAGAGGUCUCCCGUGAGCAAGGACCAGACGGCCGACGCGUCCGGGGAAUGAACAAAGAGCUCGAGAUGGUCAAUGCCCAAAAGAUGAAGGCUAAGUCGCAAAGAAUAAAAUCAAAGGGAGAUGAUCGGCUCCAAUGGUCACUGAAGGAGUCGGAACUCAGUGACCAGGUAGACGAAUUGGACUUUGAAAUUAGGCGUUUCCUCAUCAACCGGCGAAACCUCAACGUUUCACGCGAGCUUCGCAGGAAAUAUGACGACAUCCAGGUAUUCUGUAUCAGUAACACACUAUACUCUGAGCAUCAGAACAGCGACCCAACCCAGGCAGAUAGGUAUCUCGAGCUGACUGGUAUACGAGAGCUGCGCCGGUAUUGCCAGCUAGUCCCGGCUGAAGCUCAAAUGCGCGCAACAACAGCGUUCCUAGAAGAUGAAGUCCCGGCAAUGGUGGGCUCAAUUCGUCAAUGGGCGCUUUCUGGUACAGACUCGGUCACUGCAGAAAAGGCCGCCCAACUUCGCCGUGUUCUGAGUGAUUCUCAAGAUGCUCUUCGUCGGGAUUUUCAAUCGUCGGAAGGCCAUGUAGCUUGCAUGUUUCGAGACUUGAGAGAGCGUUUUGACAAUUCUAUUAUCUUCUGUAUCGAUUCGUCUCGAGCUCAGUGGAAACAAGAAAGCCUCAACGUCAGUCAACGCUGGUGGCACGUCAGCUCAUACGCUGCAUUCUGUCGACACUAUGAGCAUCGCCAUCUUGCACCCCACGCACUGCACAAUAUCAUUGUCAACAUGGGACAUAGACGAGAGAAUAUCAAUACACACAUCAAGAAUGAGAUGAGAAACCUCCUCCUGAAGACACAGAUUACCAAGCGAGACAUGCUAGAGCAUCACACUGAUUCAUUUAUCUCGAUGCUCAUGGAGCCAUGUUAUAAUCAUUGUAACAGUGAGGGAGGACCAGGUUGUGACAAACGACGAAAGAGUCACAUGGAAGACCACUUGAGAAACUCCAGGUUAUUUUCCAAAUACUCUACACAUGCCAAGAAUGUCUACGGUGGAAUCAUGGCCGAAAGCCUCAAAUCACUACAAGAAAAAAUUGAUAACCAGAUAGAAGGCAUAGUGUUAGACUUCCACGCCGUGGUAGUCAAUGAAGGAGAAAUACCAGAGGCGGAGCGCGCACCUUCACUGGCGAAUGAACUGACAUCCCUCAUACAGAGUGGACAGGCUACUAUUGAUGAUACCAAGGGGUUCGCCCAACAGCUCAAUGGGCGCAGUGACUGA